AAAAAUUAAACCACACACACAUACACCACAAAAAUAUAAUAAAGCAAAGUUGUCGAUAUGUUGGACCUGUUUUCUGGUCUGAAACGGAUUAUUAAACGAAGAGCCGUUCACAUCGAUAAUGCAGUCUUUCGUCUUCAUUGGCUUUUGACAGCCAUUUUGUUGAUCGCCUUUUCGCUGGUCAUCACUGCCCGACAAUACGUUGGCCAACCAAUUGACUGUCUAAUUGAAACCAAUUUAAUUCCCGAAACAAUGAUCAAUACAUAUUGUUGGAUAUCUCAAACAUUUCUGAUACCAUCGGCAUUCAGUAAACGUGUCGGCGUAGAGGUUCCCCAUCCGGGUGUCGACAACUCUAGAAACGUGGCCAUCAAUGAUCGUAAAUACUAUGCCUACUAUCAAUGGGUUUGUUUUGUACUAUUUAUUCAAGGAGUCCUAUUUUAUGUGCCAUAUUAUCUAUGGAAAGUAUGGGAGGGCGGACUGAUGAAGUCGAUUACAAUGGGUAUGCAAAUUGCUAUACUGGCCGAUGAGGAAAGAGGAUACAAAAAGAAACUACUGAUUGAAUAUCUGUAUCGACACCUAAAACUUCAUCACUACUAUGCGUUCAAAUAUUUUUUCUGCGAAGUCCUAUGUCUGGUCAAUAUUAUCGGCCAAAUGUAUUUAACCGAUCGUUUUUUUGACGGCGAAUUCAUGUCCUACGGCUUGAAUGUCAUCAGUUAUACCCAAAAAGAUAUCAAACACCGAACCGAUCCUAUGGUCUAUAUAUUUCCACGAAUGACAAAAUGUACGUUUCAUUUCUACGGCUCGUCCGGUGAUAUACAGAAAAAAGAUGCCCUUUGUUUGCUGCCAUUAAAUGUUGUCAACGAAAAAAUCUAUAUAUUCCUCUGGUUUUGGUUUGUAAUUCUGGCAAUCAUUACGUUUUUGGUAAUCAUUUCCCGAUUGUUUAUAUUCUUCUCGAUAUCCAUCCGAUCGCGUAUUCUUCAGACUCGUUGCCGAUUUUCAAACUCCAAAUACUUGACCAUAAUCUGCAAAAACGGCGAUAUCGGCGACUUUUUUGUACUGUAUUUGUUGGCCAAAAAUAUCGAUCCGAUUAUAAUGCAAGAUAUUGUCGCCGAAAUUGGCAAACGAUUGGAACGAAACGAAUUUAUAACACAUUUAUCCAAUGGAGACACUGAACGAAUUAAUAUGUUAUAAGGGGGUCAUUCAUAUGUUACGUUCGCACAUUUUUUAAAUAGAAAUCUUGACC